AUGAGUGGAUCUAUACCUGCUGGGAAUUUACCAGAACCUAGUGGGACUAUUCUAAUAGCCACUAAGGCUUAUUCACGCCGUAUGGAUGAUGAAAUUACAAUACAACCAGGUAACAAGAUAGAGGUCAUUACAAAUGAUGAGGAGUUUAAUGAUGGUUGGUAUGUAGGCCGUAAUUUAGAGACGGGACUAGAGGGUCUGUUUCCUAGAUUAUUUACUGAACAGCAUAUUAAACCAAUAACAACAAAUGAUCAUAUUCCUGAACGUCAAGAACGGAUCGUCUCUGUGAAAAAUACUAUGAAAGAUAUAGAUAAUGCCUUAGCGGCAUUAAGAAAUAGUUCACUAGAUAUGUUAUCUGCCGAACAGAUCACUUCACAUAGUACUUCGGAUUUACACAGCUACGAUAUGGAAGAUAAUGAUAGUACAUCACUAUAUACACCUGGCCUACAGAUUGAUGAACAGGAUAUUUCGUUACCUUUGAAGAUACCUUCUACACUUGAUGGUAAUACGGAAGAUGUCGUUCAUUGGACUCCCGGACAAGUAUCCGAAUAUUUCCAUUCUAAAGGAUUUGAACCACAAGUGGCCUCAAAAUUUGAAAUUCAUGGUAUUAGUGGGAAAAAAUUGUUGGAAUUACAAUUAUCACACCUGAAGAAAAUAGAGAUAGAUUCCUUUGGUGCAAGAUUCGAAGUGUUUAAAGUGAUAGAUGCAUUGAGAUCGCCAAUGAUAAGACCAAUAACACCAGGUAAUCAUCCAAUACCUACUGAUGGCCUCGCUAUAAGUUCAGAGAAAGCCAUUUUUGAAUCACCAGGAAGAGCACCUAUUCCACCUUCGUAUCGAAGUCCCGUGCAACCUCUUGUGUCGCCUUCCCUUAACAAUAAUAACAGAAACUCCAUAAUAGCAUCAUCUCCUACAUUAAGACAUCCAUCACAGGAUUACUUCAAAUAUCCGCCCAUCUCAGAAGAAGGUAAUGGUUCCAACAAGAUUAGUGGUAGCGCAUACAAUUUUCCUAGAACGGGAUCGCCGGCUUUGUCGCCACAACAUACGAGAUCACGUUCGAUAUCUUCGGCAUCCUUUAAUAGUACUGGUAAUGGCGCUACCGUGGUCAGCAGCCGUGAUGUCUCGUCGUAUGUCAGUAAGUCGAAAUCGACAACUGGUACUGCCGCCGGCAAUGAUAAGAUAAAAAAUAGUAUGCUACGUCAAAACCAGCAUAGAAAGACGGCCUCUGGAGGUUCAUUUGUUGAAUUGUUUAAUAGAAUUUCCAUGUUAUCUACAAACGAUGAAGAACUUGAAGAGGAUAAUACAUUGACAAAUAUGUAUAAUGACUCAGCUCAUUCCACGAGACCAUCAUCCGCCAUAUAUCAUUCGUCUCAUUCCAGAAAUGUUUCAGAGACCAAGUACCAUCAUCAUAGUACAAGUACAAGCAAGUACCAUCCAAGGACCCCAUCUACAUCUAAUUUGAUGAAUGAUCAUUCAAGAUCACCUUCGAAAAGUAAUACAAAUAUGUUGACUACUGGUGUACAUUCUCGUACUCCAUCUGGUGUUAAUAAUCACGUAUCAAUACAUUCUAGAACACCCUCCGGUGUAAAUUACAAGGACUCUCAUUUAAGGACUCCCUCUGGAGUUAAUAAUACUAGUAGUAAUGGUGAUAGUAAUCAAAGACACAAUCAUAUGCGGACCCCUUCAGGACCCGCAAUCGAUGGUCGUCACUCAAGAUCUGCAUCCGGUGUUAAGUCGCAUAUUAGACGUGUCUCUGUAGGUACCUCCGAACUUAAGAAGAGCAGAAGGUCAUCUGUAUUAUCCUUUUUAUCUCCGAGUAAAAAAGAUAAUGAUACAAAUCUCACAAAAUUCGAAACUUAUUCAAAUAACAGGGAGAGUAUUCCAAACGAUAAUAGGAGAGCUUCUCACUCAAGAAAGAGCUCGACUGCAAUUAAUUCUGUAAGGCAUCAAAGUUUAAGCAAUGAUGCAGCCAAUACUACAAGCGGAACUAUAACAUCAACUGCCAGUAAACCUAACGCACCUCUCCAGAAAAAGGUUACAGGUGAGAAUGUCAAAUCUAAGGGGAUGUUUACCUUGCAACCAUCCGCCAAGAAACAAACAUCAGCAUUCCAAGAAGGUAUUCGUACUAUAUCUGUGGAUAAAGCAAUUAAAAAUGCUGAUUGUGCAGGUUGGAUGAGUAAAAAGGGUAGUGGUAAGAUGGGUGUGUGGAAGACUAGAUUUUUCACAUUACAUCAUAACAGGCUUUCUUAUUUCUCCAAUACUGCAAAAGGGAAGGAGAAAGGUUUAAUCGACAUCACUGGGCAUAAGGUUGUCCCCAUCCAAGAUGAUGAUACUUUAAUAUCUUUAUAUGCAGCAAGUAUUGGCCGUGGUAAAUAUUUUUUCAAACUUGUUCCACCCCAACCUGGGUUUAAGAAAGGUUUAACAUUUACACAACCACGAGUUCAUUACUUUGCUGUUGAUUCCAAAGAUGAGAUGAGGCAAUGGGUGGCUGCGCUGAUAAAGGCCAAUAUUGAAGUUGAUGACUCCACACCCAUUAUAUGUUCCUAUAAUAUGCCUACUGUAUCGCUGAGUAAGGCUCAGGAUAUGUUGAAAGAUGCAAAAGAAGAGAUGAAGCAAAGAGACAGAGAUCUUGCACUUCAUGAAGCAGAUGAAGACGAAGUGAUGUGGGAAGAACAAAAUAAAAGGAAUCAAAUGCAAGCUGCUGGGUUCAUCUGA